AUGAUGUCCCAAAAAUUAAUGAUCUCCUUAGCCAUUUUGGCAAUAUUUUCGCUAUCGAGCGUAAAACUGAACCAAGCCGCUAGAUUAAUCCUAAACGAGGACAAACAAAUACGGUCAACGAACAAGUGGGGUCAAGACAACCUUUUGCUGCCAAUCUUGCAACGUGGCCGAACAGUUGGGCCCCCAUCGCCAAGUGGCUGCACGUGGGUCCCCGGCCAAGGCGGAAACCCUUGCACCGCCACUCUCGGCCACCGGAACUUUGCCGGAGACCGUCAUUUGCCUGCCACCGGAAAUUAUGGGUUCCCGAAGAAAACGGCUAGCUAG